AUGUGCAGUUCCGUCUCUCUCACCACAGAGGACCAGGCGAGGGAUGACCACAUUCCUAAGUUACCCGACAUUCCGGACGGCGAUGACGGCGACAUUGUGAAUUUGAGCGAAGCGUCGUUUAACGAGGCACUCAGGCAGCACGAGUACGUUCUCGCGUUGCUGUACAACAGCUCGUGCCCGCGAUGCAAGAACUACAUGGUCCAGCUGCGCGAGGCGGCGGCGGCCCUGAAGGAGGCGGGCGGGGGGGUGUUGGUGGGCAAGGUGGACGCGGUGCAGCACGCGGGGGUGCUUGAGAAGGCCGUUGCAGAGGGGGCUGGGGACGACGGUGAGCCGCCGCUGUUCGUGUGGGCGGAGAAGGGGCGCCUGCAGCCGUGCGACGAGUUCCACAGCGAGGACGUGGUGGCAUGGGUGCAGCGGAAGAGCGGGCGCAGCGUGGGCGUGCUGGACCCGCCAUCUCCCUCCGACAUGCCCUCUCUCGUCUCGCUGCUCGCCGACUCCGUCACUGCGCUCGCCCUCGCCCUCGUGCAUGACACUCAGAGCGCGGCAGCGGCGGAGUUCAGAGGUGCGUCCAAGGACGUGGAGGGCGUGCGGUUCGCGCUCACCACGCACGCUGCAGUGGCGGCUGCGCUGGGCUGGCAGGGCGACGCUGCUGCUGCCCUGGCGCGUGCAGGCGCGGAGGGGGGAGUGGUGGCAGUGCUAAAGAGCAGAAACGAUACCUUCCUGCUUUUUGAGGGCCCACUGACGCGCAAGGCGAUUGCAGAGUUUGUGCAUGGCAACAGGCUGCCUCUCUUUGUGCACAUGGGCGAUGCUGCUGCUGAGCAGUUCGGCAAAAACACCAAGUGGCACAUCGUGAUCUUCUGCCCGCGCACCGACUUCUCUCACUUUGAGGAAUCGCUCACUCCCCUGGCCAGGCAGCACGUGGGCAAGGUGUUCUUCAUGAUGGUGGAUUCAAGCGAUGAGGAGAUGUCAGGCCAGCCAAUGGACUACUUUGGCAUCCACGAGGGCGAGAUGGCCGUGCUGGCGGUGCUGUCAUACACUGAAAAUGGGGAGCACCAUGAGUCCAAGCACCGCCUGGCAGGGGAACCUACUCUUUCUAACGUGCGGGAGUUCAUAACAGCCUUCUUGGCAGGUGAACUGCCGCCCUACUACAAGUCCGACCCUGUCCCGGACCAGACAACCUUCUCGGUGGGCGCCCUGCUGUCCGAGUACAUUUGGUCUGGUCACGUGUCAUGGAGUGGCCAUGAUGCAUGGCAAGUUAUCAUGGUCAUGCAUUUGUGCUCACCAAUUCACCCGCUUCCACUCCUCCCUUCCCUGUAUACAUGUGCGCCCGCCCUCCCACCUUCCUCCCCACACCCUCUACCCCGCCACCUUGCUCUCGCGGGGCAGAACGAUGGGGUGGUGCGCACAGUGGUGGGCAGCACGUUCAAGGAGAUUGUGAUGGAUGAUUCCAAGGACGUCAUGCUCAUGGUGGGUCAGUGCCCCUCCUCGCCGGCUUCCUGCAUUUACCGCCGCCAUAUCAAGGUCAGUGUGCGACCCGCGCUGCUCUUCGCUGCCAUGGACUAUGCCUCCAACGAGGUGCCGGGGCUCGAGGUCAGUGCGUGUGCCCCUGAUAGCUCCGUGCAUCAGAGGUCAGUGCGUGUGCCCCUGAUAGCUCCGUGCAUCAGAGCCGCCAUAUCAAGGUCAGUGCGCCCCUCGCUGCUCUUCGCUGCCGUGGACUAUGCAUCCAACGAGGUGCCGGGGCUCGAGGUCAGUUGCCCUCGUGCUUGGCCCGGAGUGUGUCUCUGCUUCCCUCCUCCCUGCAUUGCUAUCACCCAUAUCAAGGUCGGUGCCCCCUUGCAUCCCAGUGACCGCCCCUCGCUGCUCGUCGCCACCAUGGACUUGGACUCAAACGAGGUGCCGGGCGUUGAGGGCAGUGCAUAUGCCCUGCGGCUGAUGACCUUGGGUAGAGACCAACUUUAA